AAACACCCUGGAGAGAAAAUGGCGGCAGCAACGGCUUCGGCGCCUCAACAGCUCUCGGAUGAGGAGCUUUUCUCUCAGCUCCGCCGUUACGGCCUGUCUCCUGGCCCAGUGACGGAGAGCACCCGCCCGGUCUACCUCAAGAAGCUGAAGAAGCUUCGAGAGGAAGAGCAGCAGCAGCACCGGUCCGGGGGCCGCAGCACCAAGACGCGGAACAGUAAUAACAAUAACACGGCAACCGCCACGGUCGCCGCCGCGGCAGCAGCGGCGGCGGCCGUGGGGAUGGGGGUCCGGCAGGUCUCAGGCGACCUCUCCUACUUACGGACUCCUGGAGGCUUGGGCCGGAUCUCGGCUUCUGGCCCGGAGAGCCCCUUGGGAGGGCCCGGGGGCGCCUCGGCCGCCCCCACGGCUGGCAGCAAAGUACUGCUGGGCUUCAGCUCGGACGAGUCGGACGUGGAGGCCAGUCCCCGGGACCAGGCCGGCGGCGGCGGCGGCGGCGGCGGCUGCGGCGGCGGGAGGAAAGACCGGGCUCCGCUCCAGUAUCGCGGGCUCAAACCGACGUCGGCGCCCCUGGCCUCCAGCGAGGUGACUAACAGCAACUCGGCCGAGCGGAGGAAGCCCCACUCGUGGUGGGGGGCCAGGAGGCCGGCGGCUGCCGAGCUGCAGAGCCCGUCGGGGAGAGAUGGGGCGGCGGAUGACGGGGAGCAGGAGGGAGAGGACGGCGAGGAUAGGGACCCGGAGGCCGAGGAGCCGCUGUGGUCCGGCCGGACCGUGAAUGGCAGCCGGCUUCUCCCCUACAGCUGCCGGGAGAACUAUUCGGACUCGGAAGAAGAGGAGGACGACGACGUGGCCUCCAGCAGACAGGUAUUGAAGGACGACUCCCUUUCCCGGCAUCGGCCCAGGCGGGGCCAUAGUAAGCCUCUCUCUCCCCUGCCUGCGAAAUCGGCCGGCGGCCGACUGGAGACCUCAGUUCAGGGAGGGGGAGGAAUCGCGAUGAAUGACAGGGCGGCGGCCGCUGGGAGUCUAGACAGGAGCCGAAACGUCGAAGAGUCGUCGUCGUCGGCGGCGGCGGCGGCGGAGCAGGGAGGAGGGUUUGAUCCCCCGGACUCCAGCCCCAUUCCUAGAUACCGCGUUAACGCUAAGAAACUGGCCCCUCUCCUGCAGCCACCGCUCGCGGACGUGGACUCAACCUUGGAUUCGUCCACAGGCUCCCUUCUUAAAACCAAUAAUCAUAUCGGCGGUGUGGCCUUCGGCGUGGACUCCCCCAGGAUUUUUUCCAACAGCCUCCCUCCCAGUGCGGCGGUGGCCGCCUCUGGUUCACUCAGGAUCAAUCACUCCAAUCAUACGGGCUCCAAUCAUACCUACCUGAAGAACACAUAUAACAAACCGAAGCUUUCCGAACCUGAGGAGGAACUUCUCCAGCAAUUUAAACGGGAGGAGGUGUCCCCAACUGGGGGUUUCAGUGCCCACUACUUGUCGAUGUUUCUCUUAACUGCUGCCUGCCUAUUUUUCCUCAUAUUGGGACUGACUUACCUAGGAAUGAGAGGGACAGGAGUCUCCGAGGAUGGAGGACUCAGCAUAAAAAACCCCUUUGAUGAAACAUUUGGAAACAUAAAAGAAAGUGAGAAAAAUCAUAUGAUGAACACUUUAUACAAGCUUCAUGAUCGAUUGGCACAGCUUGCAGGAGAUCAUGAAUGUGGCAGUUCUAGUCAGAGAACACUUUCUGUCCAAGAGGCAGCUGCAUAUUUGAAAGAUUUAGGUCCUGAAUAUGAAGAUACAUUUAACAUCUCAUUGCAGUGGAUUUUGGAAAAUGGAAAAGAUGUUGGAAUAAGGUGUGUUGGUUAUGGCCCUGAGGAAGAAUUGACAGAUAUAGUUGAUGUACAGUUUUUGCAAUCCACAAGACCACAGAUGUCCUUCUGGUGUCGUUUUCGACGUGCUUUUAUUACUGUCACCCACAGGUUAUUGUUGUUAUGCUUAGGUGUAGUGAUGGUUUGCGUUGUUCUGCGUUACAUGAAAUAUCGCUGGACAAAAGAGGAAGAAGAAACAAGGCAGAUGUAUGAUAUGGUGGUAAAGAUUAUAGAUGUUUUACGAAGUCAUAAUGAAGCUUGCCAGGAAAAUAAAGAUUUACAGCCUUACAUGCCUAUUCCCCAUGUGCGAAAUUCCUUAAUACAGCCUCACGACAGGAGAAAAAUGAAGAAAGUCUGGGAUAGAGCUGUUGACUUCCUUGCUGCUAAUGAGUCUAGAGUUCGCACGGAAACACGAAGAAUAGGUGGUGCAGAUUUUCUAGUUUGGCGGUGGAUCCAGCCUUCUGCAUCCUGUGACAAAAUAUUAGUAAUACCUUCUAAAGUGUGGCAAGGUCAAGCAUUUCAUUUAGAUAGAAGAAAUUCACCACCAAAUAGUUUGACGCCAUGUCUAAAGAUUCGAAAUAUGUUUGAUCCAGUUAUGGAAAUAGGGGAUCAGUGGCAUUUGGCAAUUCAAGAAGCAAUUUUAGAAAAAUGCAGUGAUAAUGAUGGCAUUGUUCACAUUGCAGUAGACAAAAAUUCACGUGAGGGUUGUGUGUAUGUUAAAUGUCUGUCUCCAGAAUAUGCUGGGAAAGCUUUUAAGGCAUUGCAUGGCUCUUGGUUUGAUGGGAAAUUGGUUACAGUAAAAUAUUUACGACUAGAUAGAUAUCACCAUCGCUUUCCCCAAGCUCUUACUUGCAACACUCCCUUGAAGCCAUCAAAUAAACAUAUGAACUCUAUGUCUCAUCUUCGUCUUCGGACUGGCCUAGCCAAUUCUCAAGGAGGUUCCUGAAAAGACUUUCUUCCACUCCUAGGACUGUUCUUUACAAUAGGAAAGUUCCUGUUUGGCUUCGUCUCCCUUUUUAAAUGCUUUUUGUAUGUAAUAUUUUUAUUGAGUACAGAUCUGUUUGAACGUUCCAGAAAUCUUAAGGUUCCAAAGGGACUUAGCAGUGAAGCAGCAAUGCUGAGUAGAUAGAAUAAUUGUUUCAUUCAGUUUUUGGAGCUCAGUUAAGCCAAUGCACUUAAAGUUUUGCAUGAGGAACAUUGACCUUAUUAAGCAUUUUCAGAUGUGGUGGUUGUUAAUUUUGCACCAAGAAGUGUUUGGAUAACCACACAAAAGCAUGGUGAAAAGGCUUCUUGUAUUUCCGUAAUUUCCUGUAAACUAAUGUUGUGAAUUUUUGUAUACAGUCACCUACAUAGUUCCUUACAGGCUAAUGUGGUAAAACUGUUAAUUUCCCAAUUUAAUCUUAGGUUUCUAUUGCUUGUAAGAGAUUCAUUUGCUAUAGCUGGAAUAUGGGAAAAUCAAUCUGGGUUUAGUGGUUACAUAUAAGUAUAAGUGGAUGUACAUGUACUUAAACUGGCUUUUGUAUAUAUGUAUAAAUGCUGGUGAUGGCGAAAGUAGUCUUGUUUUGUGAGGAUAUCUGCAUUAAAGCAGUAAAAUAAGCUUCCUAUUUUAUUCAUAAUCUAAUGUAUAUAUAUAUGUAUGUGUAUAUAUGUGUGUAUGUAUAUAUAUAUGUAUGUGUAUAUGUGUAUAUAUACACACACAUAUAUACAUAUGGCUGUACUAUCAUAUAGAUCAAACAGCCAAACACCUGGAAGUAUUAGAUAAAAGUUUAAAAUAUCUUUUAUAGGUUUUAUAUAAAAAUGUCUGAGUAUGAUAUUGUGUGAAAGUUCUGAUACCAGUUGUAAGGGAUUCAAAUUUAUGUGAGCAAUAAAAAAGCAAUUGGCAGACAUUGGAAAAGUAUUUUGUGAAAAGCUGUAUUUAUUAUAAAUACUAGGGCUAUGACAUAGUACCAUUGGGAUUAAGUCAUUUUCCCAAUCUAUUUAUAAUUUAAUGAGAUGUUAGCUUCCCUGUUGUAUGUCAGGUUUAAAGCAGGGCACAUUGUUGCAGCAAAAUGUGUAUUUGAGAAAUUAUAUUUGCAAUUUUGGGUCAUGAAAGUUUGCAGUAUAGUAAAUGCAGGAGUGAUGGUUGCUUUGUGCCUCAGUAUUUACUUUGUUUCAGUGAAGUUACCUUAUUACUGUUUAUGAUUUCAGAUUAAAAUAGUUACGGAGCAAAGUUUACUUGUAAUGUAACAAUUGGCUUUUUAAAAAUAACAUGUUGAUAUGUCAUUGUCAGUCCAAAUGAAUAUGUGAAACAGCUGGAAUUGUACCAAUUUUGAUUUUGUUUAAAGCUCAGUUUUCUUUUUUUUUUAAUUGUAUAUGUGUUGGGUUUGCAGCAUGAACUUGCACAGUUAAUGCACGUUUUCUGGUUAAGUAAACAUGAUGCACACUGUUCUGUAACAGAAAACCCUAUUGUGCCUUACCUAUGUGCUUUUGUGGGCACCAUGUUUAUGAAGAAUAAAAAAUGAUUUGUUAUCUGAAGAGAAUAAAUUUUAAAUUCUCAGUUUAUGUCUCAGAUGCUAAAGUGUGAAAAAUAUAUAUAAUAUAUAAAAUAACUAAUCUUUCUGUAUUUUAUGUGCAUCACAGUGAUUUAUCUGUGCUUAGUGACCCCAUCUUGUGACCUGUUAUAAGAGUGAAUGUAAAAAAUAGUUGUGGCAUUUUAAGAGGUCGCCUUUUGAUGCAGAUGCAUCUUUUUCUUGCUUCUAAAACAUAUUCCAUGUAAACAUUGUACAUUUAUUAUUGUAAUAUAUACUUUUAUGCAGCUUAUUUUACCUGAAACUGUUAAGCCGACCAAGAUCCCUCCCUGCAAGACAGAUGGGAAUGUGUAUAAUAACUAGAUAUUUGAGAAGUUCUGAAGUUUGAUGUAAUCUGUUACUUGUCCUGUUUAAAAAAAGGAAAAAAUUCUAAUUAAAAAUUUAUUAGGUUUUUUUUUUUAAA